AUGACCACCAUGUUUAAUUCAGCAGUGGCCACUCUACCAUCCAUUUACAACGCCAUCAUGACGACUGACAGCACGGCUUUAUCUGCCAACAGAAGCAUGUUAGAAAAUCAAACUGGUAUCACAAACUCGAUUACCAACAUCUCAAACAUCACAACUACUGCUGAAUCAAACGAUCCAGUCCAACCACCGAUACCGUACGAGGAAUGGCAGCAGAUUGUGAUCGCUGUUGUCUUGGGUGUUAUGAUUUUCUGCACGAUCAUCGGCAACUCUCUGGUUUGUCUUUCGGUCGCUAUAGUAAAACGACUGCAGUCGCCCUCAAAUUUGUUGAUAGUGUCUCUGGCUGUUGCAGAUCUGUUUGUCGGCGUCUUUGUUAUGCCUUUUGCGGCGGUUUAUGAACUGAACGGAUCUUGGAUUCUGGGUCCAAUUGUCUGUGAUAUGUUUACGACCACUGAUGUGUUGCUGUGCACGUCUUCUAUACUGAACUUGUGUGCCAUCAGCAUUGACCGAUACUUCGCUAUAACUCGACCUUUUCAGUAUGCCAUGAAGCGCACACCUAAACGCAUGGGCAUCAUGGUACUCAUCGUCUGGGGCGUGUCUGCAGUGGUCUCUAUCCCACCUGUCUUCGGAUGGAAGAGCGCGCACAUGCCUUUCAUCUGCAUGAUCAGCAGCGACAUAGGAUACCAGAUCUAUGCAACACUCUGUGCCUUCUAUCUUCCGCUGCUUGUUAUGGUUUUCAUAUACUUCAAAAUCUGGCGUGUGUCCUCAAAAAUCGCCAAAUCUGAAGCCAAAACAAAAAUUGGCAGUUUUGACAAAGGUGCAGAGUUUCAGCUUGGUCGUUGCUCCACAGAUUAUGGUGAUGGUAACAUUAUGCCUAACGGAUUAAUUCGUGAUGGUAACUUUAAUGGCGAAGACGACGCCUCUUUUGAGACUCUUCAAAAGAAAAUGGAGCUUGACAAAAACAGAAGACGCUUUACUAUUCGAUCCCUACUCCCGAGACAUCAAAGACUGACCAAUACAAGAGAGCGAAAGGCAACAAAGACAUUGGGAAUAAUAAUGGGAUGUUUCACACUCUGUUGGCUACCUUUCUUUAUCCUAGUUCUGGUAAAAACAUUCUGUUGCAGUGCUCCCAGCGCGCUGGACAGUACGCUCAAUUGGCUGGGCUAUGCGAAUUCUUUCCUUAAUCCUGUGAUAUACGCACGGUUCAACCGAGAGUUUCGGACACCGUUCAAAGAAAUACUGCUAUUCCGGUGUCAUGGAAUUAAUACUCGAAUGCGGUCAGAAAGUUACGUGGAACAGUACGGUCCUGUCGCUUCUCAUAGGGACAGUCUGCGACCUCCAACGGACACUAUUGUCAGGUAUAACAGCCAAGGUCAGACAGUUGUUGCUCUUGGUAACGGGUCAGUUAACGGUUCCAAGCACUCAGAGUACAAAAUUUGA